GCUCGCCGCCUGAAGAGAGCCCUUGGCAAAUUCCACCUGAGGUCAGUACGACAGGAGAGGAAAUCAGUCAGGACACAAACUAUAUAGACCAUCAUCGGAGGUACACUUGAAAGUUUCAUUUACUUGUGUUGCUGACCCAUGGUAGAACGAGUUCAACUCCAGGAAACAGUCAAAGUACCGGCCAGACGAUUAUCCAGAUAUUAUCAUUAUGCCGCCAUUCCUGCAAUAGAAUGGUUCACGCGCCUGUACAUUGAACCCGUUCUUAAACCUCCGAGUUACGGCCGCGUCAGUCUCCCUCGGAUCAAGUUCCCAUACUGCCCGACACCCUUGUACUAUCCCGAAUUCUAUGAAAGUGUCCUCGAGUCUGCCCGCUCCGAAUGGCAAAAAAAUGGCAUCAAGCUCCACCCGUUCGAAGUAGCACGCAUGAUUCCCCAAGAUGGAAGGAUUGACCUUGCCUAUAACCUCUGGUGGAGACAAAUUUUGGAUGGACUACGUUGGCAGACAAGAAAACCAACAAGGGAAGGGUCGCUGCAAGCGGAGGCCGUAGAUACAUCUACGGACACCAAUACCCUCCGCCAACAAUUCAUGGCCAAGGAAGGGAAGGAAGAAGUGCGUCGUCUUUCGUGCUUUCUCGUGGACUUUCUGAAACAUGGGGAAUUUGGGGUCUGGGACUUUAGCCCACGAAUUCUUCAUUCGCCGGAUGAGAAUACAAGUCGUUAUGUCUCCUACGUCAAACACAUCAUAGUUGCUACCAGUUAUUCGUCAUUUGAAGGGCAUGUGUAUGGUAUCACACAACCCAAAAAUAAGGGAGAUCUGUACCCUUUUUGGCAUCCUUUAAAAGAUUGUCCAAACGAUACAUUUCCAACCAGCAGAGGUACCGCUGCAUGGAACAGAGUGAUUCUUCUUGAGGGCUUAAAAGAUGUGGCUACAACAUCAACGCCCGUAGACUUGUGCUCCCCCCCUGGGACUUCAGCGAGGACUUAGUAGCGAAAGCGAUUCAGCGGCAUCUAGAAUCCAAGCGAAGAGGGGGAAGCAGGGUAACAAACCCAUACACAGAGGGCAAUUAUCAGAUAAGACCACCCUUCCAUAUAACGUUCUAUGAGAAGCUAACGGACGUCAAUAUUUUUUUGAAUGGCAAGAAACACAGUUUUAUG